AACUAGGCAAAUAGCAUCAUUACCAUUUACAUGUACUACAGCAGCAAAUCACAAGAACCAGUUGAAGAAAUGACACGAAUCCCAGUGUACUCUGCAUCGCGAGUAGUACGUAGGAAUUUUCUUGGAAUUCUAGCCCCUAGCAAUGCGUCAAUGUCUGCACGUUUCGCAGCCACACUUUCCGUGAAGGUUGAUGAAGAAUUCCAAUUCUCUUCUCAUCAUUCCUUGUCCAAUCACCUUUCUCGUGCCGCAGCACAUCAUGCCAAUGCGAUCAAAGAUGGAUCUUCAGUCCGUAGCCUGCAUGUGCGCAACAGCAUCUUGACUCACUACUUAAAAAGCAAUCUCUUAAAUAAUGCCUAUAAACUGUUCGAUGAAUUUCCCCACAGAGAUGUUCUAACGUGGACAACAGUUUUAUCAAGCUUAGCUCGUUCUGGGUUCUGCCAAGAAGCUAUGGGUAUCUUUGUGAGGGUGCUGAAAGAAGGAACCGUGCUUCCAAACAGAUUCACUCUAUUCGGUGUCUUGAAGUGUUGUUCCAGUGUUAGUGAUGGGUUGAGAAAAGGAAAGUCUCUUCAUGGUUGGAUAGUCAUUCGUGGGAUGCACUUGGAUAUUGCUUUGGAGAAUGCUAUUCUUGAUUUCUAUGUGAAAUAUGAAGCGUUUGAUUGUGCAGAACAGUUUUUCGAAUCGAUGGGAAUUAAAAAUGCAGCAUCUUGGAAUAUAAUGCUAGCCAGGUAUGUCACAAUGGGAGAUAUGGAGAGAUGUGUAGAUUUUUUCUGGAGGAUGGAGUUGAAAGAUGUGUCCAGUUGGAAUACAAUAGUGAGUGGACUUUUGCUGCAUGGGUUUGAGAGGCUUGCAUUGGAUUUCCUCUAUGAAUUUUCAAAACAGCAAGGACCAGGAUCUGCUUUUAACAAGCUCACAUUUUCAAUAUCACUGAAGUUGGUGCCUUCUUUGAUUAGUUUUAAACUAGGGAGACAGAUCCAUGGUAAAGUCAUAAGGGAUGGUAAGCUUCAUGAUGAUUCCUUGAGGACUUCCCUUAUUGAUAUGUAUUGCAAAUGUAAGCAGAUGGACAAAGUAUCAGGAUUCUUUAAGAUUUGAGAGCCCAUUUUAAUAUUAAUACUGCCUCUGUAACUCUGUUUUCAUUUUCUUUCGCUUUUGGUUGUGCCACCAAUUUUUGAGAAUGUGAGGAGAACCCAUUUUAAAACUCCUUUUGUUGAAGGAAAGUAAGCCUAAAGUUUCACUAAAAAUGGAAAUAAGAAUAAAGAACUUUUGGAGAAUGGUCGAAAAGGAAGAACAUUUAGAGGAUGGAGUAUAAUAGUCGCCCAAGUGAAAGUUUCCUGAAUUGUGCAUAAUCAGUAAUUCCCCCAGGUCAACGGUCAAAUUGAGAUCACAAGAUUCACAGGUCUUCCUGAAAUCUAUAUAUAUAUAUAUAUAUAUAUAUAUAUAUAUAUAUAUAUAUAUAUAUAUAUAAGCAGAACCGGUUGGGAAAAACUGUUCCCACCCUUGGACAUCAUGUGCAAACCAUGCGCAAAAACUGAUGCAAUUCCGCAGGGUAGAUGGCAGUUAUGCGGCCUGAAAAUGAUCUCACACGUGUGGAAAGGGAAACUAACAGUGUGUGUGCGGUUAUAACUGCAAGUCUGCAAGUACUUAACUUCUGUACAUGGGACCUUCAAUUCAUAAGUGAUACUCUGGAACAACACCCGACCUUUGUCCCACUAUCAAUAGCUCCAUAAAAAUGAGUAUUUUACACAGUUGAGACUUGAGACGUAAGCGCUAGAGCAAGCUCUUGGUGGCAUCUACAGUGUUCUGAAGCAGAAACUUUGUCCCGUGUUUGAGGAGAUGCAGAGGCUUGGAAUCCCCCUUGACAAUAUCAUGGUACCUUCCUGUUGUCAAAUGUCAAUCGAAUCUUUCGUCUUCUAUCGCACUCUUCAAGCUGCCACGUCUGGGCAGGAAUUCCCACAGUGCGUUUUUUACCAUUGGAAAGUGAUACAAUCAGAUCCAUUAUUAGAGUCAGGAACACAUGAUGCUGAGCUUAUUGUACAAACCCGCAGGAGGAAAGGUCUGAAGCCACAGAUGACACCGCUCUGCGAGUAUGAUGACAUAUAUGUUGAAGGUUUGUCUAUCCUUGAGGCAUGCAAUGUUUGCUCAACUUUUUAAAUUACGGGAAGAGUAAAAACUUUUGUCACACAUUGGUGUGAGUUUUGUGUCGGUUUCAGAUGGGCCUCUCUUUCUACUUGAGUAUAUAUAUUUGUCUGACCUUUCACUUUUUGGUAGUAGAUAAAUACCAGUAUGGCAGUAUACUCCUGCAUCUAUCAUUAGUUAUAUUCGAGAAGUCAAGAACAAAGGGUGAACAUAUGAAGUACAAAAUAUUGGGCCGGCAUUGAAGAGGAUGUUGUGAUCAUGUGGAUGUCCUCAAUGAAAGCAAAUUAACAUGCCACCAAGUUGAAAUGUAUUUGUCACUAUUCACGGUAACAGGUAAAUACAUACACUCACUGAUACACAUGUAAACAAACUUUGGCUUCAUAAUUUAUUUUCACAAGCUGCUAUGUAGAGCUUACCUAAAUGUCAAUAGUUUGGUUUUCUUUCUUAUGGAACACUUAUUAUGAUUUCACUAUAUAUAUGUAGUGUGUGCUACUUCAUUGUAUGUGUCCUACUCUGUAUGAGGUUUACAUUAAACUCUAUAUUAUUUCGUAGUAUAAAAAAAUUACAAAGUCACGAAUUGCAUAUUAAGAAAUAAAGAAGGUACGCUA